AUGAAGACGAAGAGCGCGGAGGAUUCGUCUGACGAGAACACACCUGCCAAAGCAGACGAUGGGUUUCCGCCGCCGAUGGAUCUCCCUUCUUAUAAUGAUUUGCUUGAACGUUACUUGCUGUCGAAAAGGACCAAAACACAGCUCACCGUUAGCAUCAUUGAAGAUGGGAGUUAUCUGCUGAAGAUGAAUAUCGACCCUUUUCCGCCUCUUACAUGCCUCAUUCCGAAGCACGACUGGGUUGUGACGAUGCAGAAAGUACACGCUGUGUUGAAGAUGAUCAGUGAAACAGCUAAUGAUGCAAAUUCAUGUGUGUCCACAAAUGUUCAUGAAAAAGCGUUGGUAGAAGUGUUAAAGAAGACGCCACAAGUGAAAAAGUGUCCCUCUCCCUCUCCUCCAAGUACAAGCUCAGCACAACAGGGAGAGCAGCGCAGUCGUAAAAGUCGUCGGUCACUCAAAGUUAGAUUCCAUCGAUUAGGAGUUGAUCAAUACAAAGUCAUUGGAGUAGCAGAUACAUCUACAUCAAAAAAUGCCAGUGAAAGUGACCAGUCUAAGCAGAAAUCUCCUGGCAGAAGAGCUCAUAAAAAAAGCAAG